GAGAAUCAAUGGAAAGACAUCAAGGUCCAUCAACAAGUGGUACUGCUCACAGACACUCUCGGCCUUCAGUCUCAAGUUAGGCACAAAGUGGAAUUCAAGAAAGUACUCGUAAGGAGAGUCAAGAAGGCAGACCAAGUAAAAAAAUACGCACUGCAGAAGUUGAAAAAAGGGCAAAAUCCCAUCACCCUAAACAAGCAAGGAUGGCAUCAAUGGUCAGCAGAAUACACACUGAAGAAGAUCCCAGUGAAACACAUCGACCAAGACAAGUUCAGGUAUCCGGUAGCGGGAGUAGACAAGCCACAACUUCAAAGUCAUCAAAAGGCCAAGGAGAUUCACAGCUUUUAAGAAAUCUUGCUGAAAAAAUGGCAUCAGCAGCUGGAACAUCUUCCAAAAAGACAAGUAAAACUCAUGCAGGUACAUUGACCAUGAGUCAACUGACGAGUGAGGAUGUAAGAAGAAGACACGACAAAGCCGUAAAAAACGUCCAAGCUGAUCCUACUCCAGGAAAAUUAAUUCAUAAAAAAGUUACUGAAAAAUUGACACCAUCACAUAUUCUGGAAAGCAGCACCGCUGCCAUAUUGACGAUAACCCAGGACCCACAGCCCACUGCGGAAGAUUUAAUUUCCACUUCUCCUUCAAGCCCAAUAAAUGAGCCAUUUCAGGAACCAGAACAAGAGAGUACACGAUUAUCUGACGUACAUACCAACACAUCGGAGGAGCUGAUUGAAUCUGCCACAGCAAUUACUGCAGCUUUUUCCCUUGAGGAAGAUGUAGAACCUUUAGAUGAGCCUGAUAGGACACAAGUAUCAUCUCCUAUAGAAAGUCAAUUUCAAGUGUUGGAGGAUAUACGGACAGGCCUAUCGACAGGGACUACUGAACGUGUGAAUGACAUAGCGAAACAAAUGGAGAACAGACAAGAAAGCUUUCGUGUAACCGUAGACCACCGUCUGCUAAAGAUGGACGAAACACUGGGACGUUUCUCUGAUUAUCUAAGAGACGUGACAACCUCCACUUCUACCGUGUUACAGGGCAUAGAGUCCAAACUAGGUACCAUGAUUGUUGCCUUAAACAAACUUGUGGACAACACUUCGUGCCAAGGAAACACCCUACAAAUCAUGCAGACCAGCCAUAGCCAAACUGCAGCAAAUACAUCUCUAAUAGCUACACAACUCCAAACUAUGAAUACUAUCAUGUUGAAGAUGUUGGCUGCUUUGAGUCAGGGACAACACCAUCCAGCCAUUCAAGAAUCAACUCAACCAUUUCCAGGUUUUGGUCCAGAGGGACAAUUACAUGGAUUGCACUCUGGUGAUGUCCAUCCGCAAAUGCCAACAGCUCCUAGUCCUGCUCCUCCUGAUAGUGCAACCACACCAGGACCAUACACACAACAACAAAAACCAGAUGAAUCACAUUGUUAAUUGUUACUUGUCCUCUCAAAUUAGACCAAUGUCUAUAUGUACUACUCGUUGUGGUUUGCACUAUCAUUCAUUUUAAUGUUAUACAUUUUACAUUUGUUUCUCAGGGUAAACAUAACUGUGUUUGAUUGUUUGGCGUCUUGCCUACAUGAUUUGUUUCUGUGCAUUUGGAUGCUUAUGUGUGUGCACUGUUAAAUGGAGGGAUAU